AUGAGCGGUCGCGGCAAAAGUGGCAAAUCUCGCGUAAAGUCAAAGACCAGGUCCUCUCGUGCUGGUCUCCAAUUCCCAGUUGGCCGUGUGCACAGACUUCUGCGCAAAGGCAACUAUGCCGAACGUGUCGGUGCCGGAGCCCCAGUCUAUGUAGCUGCUGUUCUCGAAUAUCUGGCCGCUGAAGUUCUCGAGUUGGCUGGCAACGCAGCCCGUGACAACAAGAAGACCAGGAUCAUCCCGCGUCACCUGCAACUUGCCAUCCGCAACGAUGAGGAGCUGAACAAGUUUCUGGGGCAUGUGACCAUCGCCCAGGGCGGUGUCCUGCCGAACAUCCAAUCCGUCCUUCUGCCCAAGAAGUCUGAGAAGACAACCAAGGCUUAA